AUGCCCCACGCUGCACUGCCCUCGCCGGGCUUCCAGGCGCUCAUCCUGUGCGGGCCCGGUGCGUCGUUCAGCACGUUCACGUCCACGCCCAAGGAAAUACCAAAGGCGCUCCUGCCCAUCGCGAACAGGCCUAUGGUCUGGUACCCGCUCGAGUGGUGCUACCGCAUGGGCGUCACGGACAUCACCGUUGUCACGCCGCCAGAGUCGCUGGAGGCCAUCGAGGCCGCCAUGUCGCAGAACCCGCACCUCACAUCGCUGCCCGCGCCGCGGCCCGAGACGGUCGCGCCCAGGGACCUCACACACGAGACCGGCACCGGCGACCUCCUCAGGCUGCCCGAGGUGCAGAGCGCGAUCAAGGGCGACUUCAUCGUGCUGCCCUGCGAUCUGGUCUGCGAGCUCGACGGCACUGCGCUCGCAGAUGCCUGGAUGGUCGAGCAAGCUGGCUUCCCCGGCGCAGUCGCUGGCUCACAAGCGAUCGGCGGCAAGACGGCAUUCGGCGCGGGCGGAGAGAGGGUCGGUCGAAGGGGCGGCCUCGGUGUGUGGUACCAGACAAAGGGCGAAGGCAGCAAGAAGGGCGAGGAGACCGACUUCAUCGCGACUACCCCGAUGCCCACGCCAGUCGUCCCCCCGCCCGCCGACUCGAUACGCCGCGACAUCGCUAACCUCGUCUACUCGGUCCCCACCGACACCCUCAACGACAUCACCGAGGAACACAAGGCCUUCCCCGUUCGCCACUCGCUCAUUCGCAAGCACGCCCGCGUGCGGAUGCUGACGACUCACCGCGACGCUCACCUCUACUUCUUCCCCUACUGGGUCGCCGAGAUGAUCCGCAGGAACGACAAGUUCGACAACAUCAGCGAAGAGGUGCUGGGCUGGUGGGCCAAGGCGGGCUGGCAAGAGGGCGUGGGCGACAAGCUGGGUCUGCGCGAGAUCUUCCAGGGCAGCGACGACGCCAGCUCAGACGGCUCGCUGGUGGUCGAGGAGGAGAUCGAUGUCUCCAGGUACAGCAGCACAUACUCCGGCGCCGCCGCCACAAACGGCACAGGCACGCCGUCCAUCCUCGCCUCGCGCGUCCUCGGGUCUUCCAGCAUACCCGAGAGCGCAAAGUCGCUCACUUCAAGACCAAAGCUUACCGUGCCGCCCAUCCUCGCAUACGUCCAGCCUUCCGCACCCACAAACCCGCUCAUUCGCCGCGUGGACACAGCGCAUCUCCUCCUCGCCGUCUCGCUGCGCCUCGCCAAGCUCCCCGAGAACAGCACUUCGCCUUUUGCUUUCGCCAACAAGAUCGCACCGUCGACCGCACACUCGAUACCGAAGAAGUGCAGGGUCGAAGCCGAGAACAGCCUGCUCGCCGACAACGUCGAUGUGGCAGAGAAGACAAACAUCAAGGAAAGCGUCAUCGGGUCGAACUGCAAGAUUGGCGAGGGCGCGCGCCUGUUGAGGUGUCUGCUUAUGGACGGUGUCGAGGUUGGCACGAACGUACAGCUCACGGACUGCAUUUUGGGCAGGAGGUGCAAGAUCGAGGGCGGCGGUGCCAAGGACAACGACAAGACAGUGCUCAAGGAUUGCGAGGUACAAGACGGCCAAGUAGUCGAGUGGGGUACAGAGAGCAAGAACGAGAAGUUCAUGAGGUUUAGUGUUGGUAUGGGUGAGGAGGGAGACCUCGGAGAUGAGGAGGACAUGGACGAUGCAGGAGAGGGUUUGGCGCUCUAG